AUGGAGUCCUGGCGCGUUUGGGCGCUUUUCCUGAUAAUUUCAGUGACUUGUGUUGAUCCGAGCCUGUCGUCAUCAGCUUGUGAUGCCAUUCCCACAGCUAUACUUCGUUUGAACUUUGCUGGGAAAUUUCUUGCUGAUGUCUCUACUUACAACAACGACCUGCAAAACUUCAACAUCAGCACGUUUGAUCCCCUGAAAUACCCUCACUGGAACCCCAAAGGAACCGCUGAUUUCCGAUUGGUCUACUGUAAUGUGACGCAAGUCUGCUACGGUGACAAGGGCGGCGAGUGUGUCGACGAUCACGAAAAGGACAGUAUAGUUGGCCAACCGAUCAUAGGCUCGGACAGCACCACUACAGGAAAGCUGGUGGACCUGGAUCCAGACGACCAAACACAAUCUCAGAUCUGGGGGCUGGUGGUCGGCGUGGACGGGUUCUUCAAAGGGGACUUUGCACCGCGGUCAUUCAACCACAUGCACCAUUGUAAGGAAGGAGCUCGUAGUGAUCUGGCAUUAUGUGCCGUCUUUCUGUCAACUUUACAAAACGUAAAGUGGCUCAACGGGCUCCAGACAAGCCAGUCCGAGUUUGCACUUCAAGUCAAGUCUCUCAGUCGUAAGGAUGGCUUUCAGUUGUACAUCAAACUUAACGUCUACAACAUGGAUGUAAACUCUACGUCUCCAGACUUCCCGUAUGGCCGUGUGGUUGGUACCGUAUAUGCAAAAGUGUCGAAGACUCCCCAUCCUUAUGGCCCGUACAACAGGAUGCUGUGGGACCCCCGCGGAGGUGGUCACGUGCCGUUCUAUGUUGACACCAACAAUAAUGAUGUCAAAGUGGUAUUGGACUUUGGUAACAGCUUGAAGCUAGACGUCAAUGGUAGUGUGGUCGAAUCAUCAGAUGGACCCCUGCACCUCCUUCAAUACAAAGGAAAGGAUCUAAACUGCGGACUUCUGAACAACAGAGGAUACGAUCUAGGAAAAAUCAGGCUGGGUGGAAAUGACUGGUUUCAGACGACUGGGGGCAUAGUUGAACUUUCAGUAAAUCCCGAGGAUAUUGAAACUAUUGAGAACACCCCACUGACGGUCAUUCAAGUGAACCACAGCAUCAAUUACCCACGGCACUGCGAGCCAGUGUUGGAGGAAAGACCAGAUGGCCUGUUCGUCCAAGCCAUUGACGAUCGUGUUGCACGACAAGAGCCCGACACUGAGUGGACUAUGAAGUUUCGCACUUUCCAGUUUGGCAGGUCUGCUAAAGAGAUCAUCACCAGGCCCAAUCAAACCUCGCCAGAAAAUGACACAUCAAUACAAAUUGUCCGCACCGAACCAUCCGACAUCAACGGCAUUUCCUCGAUAACGUUCCGGUCCACUGAUCCUGGGGAGCCUAGGAAAGAACUGCAACUAGAUGGUCAAGUAUAUUAUUACAGUAUAAUCGUCCAAAAAGGAAGCGACGGUACAGAAUUUGAGGUUAAGGACUUAUUCGUAUGCGUUCACCUGUAUUCAGAGUACACCAUCCCCAAGGAAGUGACCUGGUACGACCACGUCUACCCGAUAUUCCUACAGUACGCCAAUCUCUAUCCCGCCAUGAAACAAAUAAUUAACCUUGCAAGCUACGAGGAUGUUACUAGAAAAACCAAAUUACUCAAACACGCUCUUACCCUUCCUGAAACGGACCCAAAUCACAUGCCGGUGACCAGGGACUUAUCUCCAAAAAAGCGACAAAUGAUUUUAUACUGGUUAGACAACGUAGACCCAUCCACAAAGCUCCCCAAAUUAGGAACGACCACCCACACCUUAGAUGAACUAAAAACGACCUUGCAGCUAGCUCUACAGCUGGAACUGGCUACCAUUCCCCCCUACCUGAGUGCGCUGUUCUCGAUUAAAGAUGGCGACAACGAAGAGGUGGCGGCUCUGAUCGGAAGUGUUGUUCUCGAUGAGAUGAAACAUGUGGCUCUGGUCGCCAACGUUCUGAACGCGAUUGGUGGCGCACCAAAUUUGAACGAUAGAUCUGUGUUCCCGUUGUACCCAGCGCCACUUCCGGGGGGCGCCAACCCUGGGCUUGUAGUGAAGCUUGCGAGAUGCUCAUUGAACCAAAUUCGAACCGUUUUUCAAGGGAUAGAGAGGCCAAACUGCAACCAAAAAUAUUCUGAUGUGAUUCAAUAUCUCCGCCGUAAUAAAAAAUAUAUCAUAAAUUUAAGGCACGGCAAUGACGAUGAUAACGGCCACGUGCACACCUGGACGGAAAUUUCCGAACGGUGUAAAGAGAUAACAACAAGACCUCAGACCAUCGGUGCCAUCUACAUCCACCAGAUCCUCUGCCCUAUGGUCACACUACACAAACAGGGGAAAUCUCCUUUUAGAGGUGACAAAGCAAAGCAAAUAACUGGUAAACAAUGGCUUAGCAAUGUGGACAGUGUACCAUUUGCGGUGCAUGAUCUUCGCAGUGCAGUGGCUGCCAUAGUGGACAUCGCUACCGAGGGCGAGGGGACUGAUCCGUGCGACCCGUUUGACGAAAGAAACGAUGUUUCACACUUCUUCAAGUUUGCUGAAGUGGUGCACGGACGGAAACUAAAAAUGAUAAAUGAAACAGCCCCAGACAAGUCAUCAUUGGCACAUUUCUUUGAAAACUUUUUCGAAUGUUAUGAAGACAUGAACUGUACAACGGCAUUCGGCUUCAUUGGCAAAAUUGUGCCUUUCUAUGAAGACGGUGUCUGGCCGACCAUUUCUAACCCGCACACCAAGAGUUACCCUAAAAAAUCGCAGGCUCGCCAAUAUUCAGACAACUUCAACAUGAUCUACACAGGCCUGCUGAUGUGUCUUCAUGAGGCUUUUAACGGAAAGCCCGACAAAAUAAAGGAAUGCACGGGUAUGAUGUCGUCACUUCAUGCCUGGGGUAAAAAGCUGGUGCAGACACCGAUAGACCCGAAUGGAGAUCCCGAGAUUGGGCCAAACGCCGCACCGACCUUCGAGUUUUACGAAUUCGAACCGAUUGAUAAAAAAAAGGAAAAGGACGUCGACUCAACUUCAACCCCACGGAGCGGCAAAGAUGAGAUCAUGCCCGAGUCCAGGAUGGCUGUCACCGUCUCAUCAUCACCACAAAACCAUUACCACUUCAUCAAGAUCUUACACAAUCUCAGCGCCAUCAUCAUCGUCCCAGCACCAUGGUCAAACUAUCAAGCUAUCACUAUCAGCACAAAAGCAGUCGCCUCAUCAGCAUCAUGA